ACUGGCAGGGAAAUGUAAAUUGUCCGCCCACUCCCUCGGAGCGCACAUCCUCCUGUCAGACGGACGCAGCCACGGACGGAGUCGGGAGAGAAGCUGCUACUACUGCGUUCAGAAAAUGGCCGACAGAUUUUCUAGGUUCAACGAAGAGCGUGAUUUCCAGGGUGGGAAUCACUUUGACCAGUAUGAAGAGGGCCAGUUGGAGCUGGAGCAGGCGUCCCUGGACAAGCCCAUCGAAUCGCGAAUUGGCCCCUAUUAGCUAAGCAGCAAUGACCCGCCCAGUAUUUUAAAGCCAGGAUAACAUCGGACACCGGCUGCUUCAGAAACAUGGCUGGAAGUUGGGACAAGGCCUCGGCAAAACCAUGCAGGCGAUUUGAUCCUGCCCAUGUUGUGCUGAUGGUAAACUUAGUGGACGCACUGACCCUGUGCCCAUCAUCCUUAAAUAUGAUGUCAUGGGGAUGGGACGGAUGGAGAUGGAGCUGGACUAUGCAGAGGAUGCCACAGAGAAGAGGAGAGUGCUCGAAGUGGAGAAAGAGGAUACAGAAGAACUGCGGCAAAAAUACAAGGACCAGGUGGAAAAGGAGAAAGCCAUUGCAAAGGCUCUGGAAGACUUGAGAGCCAACUUCUACUGUGAGCUUUGCGACAAACAGUACACCAAACACCAGGAGUUUGACAACCACAUCAACUCUUACGACCACGCUCACAAGCAGAGACUCAAAGAGCUGAAGCAGAGAGAGUUUGCUCGUAAUGUGUCGUCCCGCUCCCGGAAAGGUGGAAAGAAGCAAGAAAAGAUGCUGCGGCGAUUGCACGAGCUGGCUGAGCAGAGGAAACAACAAGACCGAACCCCCGGAAGCGGACCCAUGUUCAAAACAACCACAGUAGCUGUGGAUGGAGAGAAAUCGGAAGACGGUGACAGUGUGACGCCUGAGAAUCCUGUUCUGAUAGACAGCGUUUUGGAAGGAUCAGUGGCUGAAAAAACUGGUCAGGCAUCACCAAAGCCCAGCCCGACUAUAAGCUUCUCUCUAGGGAAGACCACCACCACCACCUCCUCCUCCCCAACUCCCUGCGGGGCGUCCAAAGUCAGCGUAUCCUUCUCUUUUGCCAAGAAAGCCCCGGUAAAGCUGGAGACGGCAGCUGCCGUGUUCGCUGAUCACGGUGAGGAGGCUAUGGAGGAUGAGGAGAGCCAGGACGGAGAAGGGUCCGGAGGACAAGAGGAGACAGGUGGCUGUGGCACAGACAGCCCGAAGGCAGUGUCUGUAGGAGCGGAUGUAGGAGAGGUAGGUGGCGCAGCGGGGACGGAAGAGACGCAGCAGCCCGAUGACGGAGCCUCCCUCGCCUCUACUCUGAACAAACUGAAGAUGAUGAUGAGAAAAGACGAAGGAUAUGCCGGACAGGAGCCUCAGUAUUACCACUACGUACCACCAGCCCACUGUCGGGUGAAGCCUCACUUCCAGUUCCUGCUGUUCAUGAAGGCUUCUGAACAGAGUCAGAGCAAAGACGAGGAAGAUGAGGAGGAUGCGCAAGAGGAGAAAAGGGAAGAAAAAAAGCCUGAUGAAGGUUCUGAACAGAUGGAGUCCAAUGUUGCAGAGGAUAAGGCUGAAAAAGAACCAGAUCAUGUCACUGUAGCUGCUGACCCAGAGCCAAAUCCUCCAUCACCUAAAGUGAAGACAGAAGAGGAAGCUGCUUCAUGUGCAGUUGACCCAGAUUCCACUGUACCCACUUCACCCACUAAAAAACCAGAGAGCACACAGGACACUGUGGAUUCAGACACUGGUCCUAAAAUACCCACUGGGCCCUUCUUCCCAGUCCUGAGCAAAGAUGAGAGCACUACCCUGCAGUGGCCCUCUGAGCUCCUUGAAUUUACAAAAGCUCAGCCUUCUCUGUCUUACAGCUGUAAUCCCCUCUACUUUGACUUCAAGCUGUCCCGUAACAAAGGAGUUCGCGGUGGGAAAGCUGCAAAGUCCCCUAAGCCUGGGGAAGAGUCUGAUGACAAGGGACAAGAAGUAGCUACUUCAACAGCUGAUAUCGAGACAGACUCUAAACCUGGAACUAGCACUGAUAAAGAUAAUCAAGUGACAAAGGCAGAAGCUGGCCAGACAGAAGGCGAUGAGCUCAAACCCACAGCUGGCAGUAGUAGUGCAAAGAAAAAAAAGAAAAAGAAGAAACACAAGAAGUCUUCAAAGCACUCAAAACGCAAAGGAAAAGAUAAAGGAGCGGCAGAAGAUGCAGCAGGAGAGGCUGAGGCUGCACAAGAAAAGCCCAAAAAGAAGAAAAAACACAAACGGAAGAAGAGUAAAAAUAAGGCACCUGAUCAGGAAGAAGCAGCAGGGGACGAAAAGGAUAAAGCUAAACCAAAGUCAGAUGACAAAGCCUCGCCUGCUCAGCCGACGUCUGGCGGGGCGAACGCGGGAACUGAACCGGGGAAAAGGAAACGCGCUGCGAAGGAAGUGCCUUCCAAGUCUGGAGCAGAAGAAGGAGGGACUGGAAAAAGUAGCGACAAGGUCGGCUCCUCAGAAGAGCACAGCAGCACCAAGAGGCAAAAGACCGACUCCAGCGCAUCUCAAAGUGCCUCUUGCUCCACCUCGGCCCAAAAGAGCCCCGGUCCCGGUCGACCUCCCAGCAGCGAGAGCGAAGAGGAGGGGGGCUCCAACACCCAGCGCUCACGUCAUCACAGGUCAAGCCCGCGGGAACAGCGCCGCCACCACAGCGAGGAAUCCGGCCGUUCCUGCAGCCGCUCAUCGAGGCGGGGGGAAAGGCGGGGCAGCAGUCGCCGGCACCACCGCGGCCAGGCCUCCCGGAGUCGUUCGUACUCCAGCAGCUCCGAGCGCUCCUCGGCGGGCAGCAGCGCCUACAGCCACCGCAGCCGCAGCUACUCGGACAGCUACAGCGACUACAGCACAGAAGGCCGCAGGCGAAGGCGCUCCAAGCGCUCGUCGGAUUCGGAGUACGAGCGGAGGGGCAGCCGAGGACGUAGACGUUCCAGGAGGCACAAGUACUCCUCCUCCUCUUCGGAGGACUCCCGGUCACGUUCACGCAGCUACAGCCGCAGGAAGAGGCACCGGAGGCACAACCGCAGCAGCUCCAGAAGCUCCAGCAGCUGGAGCCGCAGCACGAGCGCGAGGUCCUGGAGGCGGAGCUACAGUCGGAGCCACAGCUCCGGCAGCCGCUCGUCCAGUUCGAACAAAGCCUCCCCUCACAGAAGGGUCCCCAGGGGCCGAGGGGACAGCGACACGCAUCGCAGAGACUUCAACCGCUCUCGCAUCUACCGGUCUCAGUCUCCGCGUUCGUCUUCAUCACGAGGCCUUAACCGCAACACGCAUUCAUCCAGUUCACUGACUCUGAGGCAAGGGGGGUCUCGAGAUGCGGGGGAACAGAAAAACACCCUCACCGCCCGCCAGCUGCUGGAAAAGGUUCAGUCUAAAAAAAGCUCUGAUGAUUCUACCACAGGAACAAAAUCUGGCAUUAAGAUUAAAGACCCGCCACAGGGCUAUUUUGGUCCGAAGUUACCCCCGACUCUGGGAAACAAAGCCAUGCUGCCUCUUUUUGGUAAACUGCAGGCGGGGAAGAAACCGGUGAUUCCCUUAACCAGACCCGACGUGGGUGAGAAAUCGGGAGCGGGGAAGAGCUCUGACGCUGAGGCAGAGGUUAUCCUGGUAGAGCCCAUCAGGGAGUUUCCUCCUCCGCCGCCGCCUCCGGCACCACCCGCCCAGAAAGUGGAGGAGGCCCCACAGAGCACAGUGACGCCGGAAGAGACGCAGCUCCCUGCCACAGAAGACCAGGCGCACCAGGAACCCCGGCCACUGUUUGAACAGGAGCCUUCCAUGAUGAUGCCCCAGUACCAAGGAGAAGCUGGACUGGACCCGUCCCAGAACCCCAUGAUGGAGUCGCUCUUGCCUGAAAUGCAGCAACAGACCCAAAUGCACGCCUACCCCGCCUACCCGCCCCCUAACCUGGAGGAGGACGGCAUGGAGGCGGAAGACGACGGAUUGGCACCGCUGGAGAGUCAGCCCAUUACGUUCACACCCGAGGAGAUGGAGAAAUACAGCAAGCUGCAACAGGCUGCACAGCAGCACAUUCAGCAGCAGCUCUUGGCCAAGCAGGUGAAGACGUUUCCCUCGGCGGCCGCCGCCGCAGCCGCAGCCGCCGCGGCCGCCAACUUGGCCCCGGCCCCCCCUCCGCCAGCCCUGCAGCAGAUCCACAUCCAGCAGCCGGCUGUGUCGGUAGCUUCCGGCACGUCGAUCACAACGGUGCAACACGCCAUCCUACAGCACCACGCAGCCACCGCUGCGGCAAUGGGGAUCCACCCAGCGCACCCUCACCACCCACACCACGCACACGCCCAGUUGGCCCAGGUACACCACAUUCCCCAGCACCACCUCACCCCCAUUUCCCUGUCUCCCUUGGGCCACUCACUCGGGCAUUCUCUGGGACACUCACUGGGACACGCCGGGCUGAUUCCCGCCCACCCGACAGCCUUCCUCUCCGGUCAGCCCAUACAUAUUAUUCCCGCGUCCGCACUUCACCACACCCCGCUGGCUCUCCACCACGUCCCGCACACGGCCCUCUACCCCACGCUCUUCACACCCCGGCCUUCUCAGGCUGCCGCAGCGGCAGCUCUCCAGCUCCACCCGCUCCUACACCCAAUCUUCUCAGGGCAGGACCUCCAGCACCCACCCAACCACGGCUCUUGAGUAAAGAUGGUGAAGUGAAGUGGAGCGUUCACAUCACCCAACCACUGGAAGAAAAAGACUUAACACGAACCGUUUCGUUUUAGGGUUUUAAGAUUAAGUCUUUUCGUCAAUAUGCAGGCAGUGAGUCGGAGUGCUCGCUGGUGCCAGCAGUUUUACAGGCCCACACGGUGCAGAAAGUAGUAGCCACAAAGUGGUGCAGCCUGUGUUGGGCUCGAAAUUGACACUAACAUUUUUUUUUUUCUGGUUCAUGUGAGAGGUUUGUUUCGCGUUUUCCUUAAACUAUCAAGACGGGGCUUAGAUUGAAAGAUGCUUCCUGUUGACAUUGGCUUAUAUUUCAAACCGGGGUGUAUUAACGGCCCUAAAACUGAGAAUCCACUGGAGUGUUUUUUUUUUGUUUUCCCACAUAAAAAAAAAAAAAAAAAUACGGUCACAUUUUUUAAUUUUCUUAUUCAUUUUGGCAGCCAAAGAGACACGAACAGAAUCAUGUGAGGAAAAGGAUGAAGAAGUGGUUUUGUUCUAGACGAGAACCGCUUCAACUUUGUAAUCUAACUUUUACUAUUAAUUACUGCUACUCUGUUUAUGUUUCUCAUAAGACUACUUGCUCUCUUGACUUCUUGGUCUCAAAAAUAAUUUGUAAUGCAGUAACCUGUACAUAUAUCAGUGUGUAAUGUGAAGAAUCCCAUCAGUAGUGACCAUGUGAAGCUACGGUGUCUGAGCCGAUAUGACGGUCGCAUCAAGAAGCCCUCUCUAUUCGAGGAGAAGUGUGAUGUAGGGGUUCAGACAUCCCAAAUACUCUGAGGCAAAGCUCAUGUUCCCUGUGGUGAAGGGUACAUCUGAAAGAAUUGCACUGAAAUCUGUACAUCAAGAUGGUGCUUUUGCAUCAUAUAACAAUAAGAUUGUAGUAUACUGCAAUAAUUGUAUUUUUCUGUUUUUAAAUUAUUUUCCAAAAUGCUCUUCAGGAGAAGGGUUUUGUCUGGCUUUUGUGUAAUUUUGUAAAUAAAACAGCUGUAGAUUAACCUAUUAACAUUCUAGAGGGUUGAGAAAACUAUUGGAAAUAGCAGAAGGACAAGUUGGAUGGAAGAUGGACGUGUAUUUUGUCGAGGGUGUUUCUACAUCAUCCUGGCUGAGUCGGGCUGGGAUGGAGAACUACAGUGAUCUGUCAAAAAGUAGCAACUCUGUAUUUUUUAAAAACUUAACUGUUUCUGCAAAUAAAAUCUUGAGUUCACA